CUUUGAUCGCUACCACGCUCAUCAUCACGACAAAUCGCUCUUGAUAGCGCGCGCGCAAGUGUCGCUCGCGAGCUAGUCAAAAGUCGCUCGACGCUAUCUUCAUUCGCGUUCCGCGCACAUUACUCGACGGCGUUCACUCCUUCUCAUCAUCACCAAUCUCGUCCCUCCCUCCUAUCAUCAUCAUCAUCAUCGGAGUAGCGCAGCGUUACUCGCACUACGACAGGAGAGCAUCAGGCAAUGGAGGGUGGUGAUCAGCAGCAGUCCAGCAAUGGCGGGCAGGCUCUUGGCUCAAUGCCAUCAGCGCCCGCCCCCGCACCAUCAUCAUCGUCGUCUGGCAUAGCAGUCCCACCCGCUGCUCAGCCCGCACCUAUCGCGCCCACUGACAGUGCAGAGGCAGCUCCGUCGCAGCACGUGAAGCCACCCAUCGAGGCUAUCAAGCCGGCUGAACCACAGGACAGCGCAACGUCGAGCGACAUCAAGCCGGCCCUCGAGGCUCAGCCCAACGGCAGCGGCAGCGGCAGCGCGGCCGACGUGGCUGCCACAAGCACCAUCAAGGCGCAACCUUCGGACAGCCAUAGCGUCAAUGUCAAGCCUACCGAAGCUGGCAUCAAGUCCGAGCCCGAACAAGCAGCAGCAGCCCCCUCGUCAUCGUCCAACGGGCACGGCAUAGAGGCAGCAGCGGGUGCGGCGGCAGCCACUUCGCCAGGCGGCUCGCCCAGCACGUCUUCUCGCGCGCCCAAGGCCAAGCCAUUCGAUGAGGCUGAGGCUAACCCUGACCUUUAUGGUCUGCGUCGCUCCGGACGAGCACCCAAGAAGAGCUACCUCGAUGCAGGAGCUGAGGAUAGCGAUGGAGAUGAUGAAGACGAGUCGCCUGGACCUCGUCAGGCCACGCGCAUCAAGAUCAAGGGACGAGUAUCGGCCAUCUCGUCGCGCUCCACCCCCCAAACCUCGGAGCUCUCCGAGGCCGAUUCAGACGGUUCAGACGGCUCAGCCGACGGCAUGGACGUAGACGACGACGACGAGAUCGAAGGGGACGACGACUUCGCCACCAAUGCUCGUGAGCGUAAGGCCCUCAAGCUCUCCCGUAAAAAGGCCCGUCAGGCAAAACAGAACAAGAAGCGCGCAGCACCAGGAUCAAGUGCCCGAGCUGGCUCAUCCAGCGCUCCAGCAGCUCGUCGUAGCAAGGCUUCCCCUCCUUCGGACGACGGGUUUGAUGCCAGUCGCAUCUCGAGCAGAACGGGCAAGAAGGUUACGUACAAGGAGGAUGCGCAGUAUGGCCUUGAGGAGGACAGCGAUCCGUUUGAGGAUCGACUUGACUAUGCGGGUGGCGGCGGAGGUGGCGAGGCGGCUGCUGAGGAUGAUGACACGACUAUUGAGCAGGUGUGCGGGCAUGAAGUUGAUGAGGAGAAGCCGGAGGGCGAGGAGGAGAAGCCAAAGGAGAAUCUGAGGUUCAUCAUCAAGUGGAAGGGCUACUCGCACCUUCACAACACCUCGGAGCUUUGGUCAUUCCUCAAAGACUGCAAGGGCUCGAAGCGCGUCGAGAACUACAUUCGCAACGUCUGGCAACCGGCUCACGCCCUCCUCAACGACCCGCGCACCACUCGCGAAGAUAUUGAAGCCAUCCGCGUCGACGAGGAGCGCAUCAAGGAGGCCCUCGAAUCGUACAAAGUUGUCGAACGCAUCGUCGCCCAGCGGGACAACCCGCCCACCAACGACCACCCGUACAGCCACCUGGCGUACCUCUGCAAGUGGAAGGGUCUCAGCUACGCCGAGUGCACAUGGGAGGCCGAAGACGAGAUCAGCAAGAUAGCCAAGCCCGCCAUCCAGGCCCACAUCGACCGAGCCAAGUCGCUGCUCCAGCCGCCGCGAAGCCAAAACUACGGGCACAAUCGCCCCAAGUAUGUACGCAUGAGCGAGCAGCCCAAGUACCUCACCGAAGGGGGCGGCACGCUCAAGGAGUUCCAGCUCACUGGGCUCAACUGGCUCGCCUACCUAUGGUCGCAGGGCGAGUCGGGCAUUCUGGCCGACGAAAUGGGACUGGGCAAAACGGUGCAGAGCGUGAGCUUCAUCUCGUACCUCGUCCACUCGAUGCACCAGUACGGUCCGCACCUCGUCGUUGUGCCUCUCUCUACAUUGCCUGCUUGGAUCGAGCAGUUCGAGAACUGGGCACCGGACCUCAACGUGGUAAGCUACAUCGGCAAUACCGAGGCGCGCGCCAUGAUCAGGGACUACGAGUUCGGCUCUCCCAAGAAGCUCAAGUUCAACGUGUUGGUCACCACGUACGAGUACAUCCUCAAGGAUGCAGACGCGCUGCAGGCCAUCAAGUGGCAGUUCCUCGCCGUGGAUGAGGCGCACCGUCUGAAGAAUUCACAGGCGCAGCUGUACGAGGUUUUGAUGGGAUUCCACGUCGCGGGCAAGCUGCUCAUCACGGGCACGCCGCUGCAGAAUAACGUCAAGGAGCUCAUGGCGCUCAUGCACUUCUUGAGGCCAGACCAGUUCUCGCUCGAUGUGGACUUUGAUGUCACGACGGCGGAUCCUGAGGCGGUUGCUGCGCUGCACAAGAAGCUGGACAAUGUCAUGAUCAGGCGCUUGAAGAAGGACGUCAUCAAAGAGCUCCCUGGCAAGACAGAGAAGAUCCUCCGCGUCGAAAUGUCCGCCAUGCAACAGAAGAUGUACAAGGCCAUCCUCAGCCGAAACUAUGCCACGCUCAGCGCAGCAGGCGCCGCACAAGUAAGCUUGCUCAAUAUCGCCAUUGAGCUCAAGAAGGUGUCCAAUCACCCGUACCUCUUCGACGGCUCCGAGCCGGCUCACACGGAUCGCAGCGACGUCUUGAAGGGCAUCAUCAUGAACAGCGGCAAGAUGGUCCUCCUCGAUAAGCUGCUCACGCGACUCAAGAAGGACGGGCAUCGCGUCCUCAUCUUCUCACAGAUGGUACGCAUGCUCGACGUGCUGAGCGACUACAUGGGGAUGAGGGGUUACAUCCACCAGCGACUCGACGGUAUGGUCUCGUCGGACAAUCGUCGCAAAGCCAUCGAGCGCUUCAAUGCCGAGGGUUCCCCUGACUUUGCCUUUCUGCUGUCCACCCGCGCCGGAGGGCUGGGCAUCAACCUCGAGACGGCGGAUACGGUCAUUAUCUUCGACUCUGACUGGAAUCCCCAGAACGACCUGCAGGCCAUGGCCCGCGCCCAUCGACUCAACUCGAAACGUCAUGUCAACGUGUAUCGCCUCCUCACCAAGGACACGGUCGAGGAGGACGUGAUUGAGCGCGCCAAGCGCAAGAUGGUCCUCGAGUACGCCAUCAUCCACCAGAUGGACACGUCCGGUACCAACUUUGCCCCCAAGGAUGCGCGCGGUGGCAAGGAAAAGCCGGGUCAGGGGCCAAGCAAGGAGGAUCUCGAGGCUGCGCUCAAGUUCGGGGCCAAGAGCAUGUUCACCAAGGGCGCCUCGGGUGCCGAGGGGGAGGAGCAGCAGCAGGAGAAGCUCGAGCGACUGGACAUCGACGCCCUUCUCGCGGACGCCGAAGCACACGAGACGCAGGGAGACAGCGUGGGCGCGGCAUCGGGUGGCGAAGACUUCCUCAAGCAGUUUGCGAAGGUGCAGGACUUCAAAGCCGACGAUAUGAGCUGGGACGAUAUCAUGGGGCCGGAGGAGAUUGCCCGCAUUAAGCAAGAGGAGGCAGCCGCGCAGGAGCAGGCCGUGCUGGAUGCGUUGGCGGCGCAAAAUUCGCGACGCAAGGCUGCGCAGGUAUCGGCUGAUGCGUACAAGCUUGCUUCGAACGGCAAGGGAGGAGCGGGUGGUGACGCGGGGAGCGAUCCGAGUGAUGGGGAGGACGGUGGUGGUGGCAAAGCUGGCGGGUCGUCGUCCAAGAGGAAGAGCGGUGGUGGUGGUGGGUCGGCGAGUUCGAGUGCGCAACGCUCUGCCACCCUCUCAGAGCGCGACCUGCGCGUCCUCUUCCGCAGUAUCCAGCGUUGGGGAGACUUGCGCUGUCGCUACGAGGAGAUCGUGGCCGAGACGAAGCUAGAGCGCAAGAACCGGGCCGUCCUGCUUCAAGCGUCGGAUGAGCUCAUCGAAUUGAGCGAGAAGGCCAUCAGUGAUCACAAGGAGUUCAUUAGGGGCAGGAUCGAGAGGGGAGAGGAGAUUAUCACGUGGAGGCAGAAGGCUGUGCUUGUCAAUUGCAGGGAGAUUAAGGGGUUGAAUGCAGAGACCAUCGUGCAUCGUCAUUACAAUCUCCGACUCCUCGUCGAGCACAUGCGCUCCCUCGCCGACCCCUUUGACUUCCAAAUCCCCUUUGAGACCAAAGGCACCCUAGGCUGGCAUUGCGACUGGACAACGGACGACGACGUUCGCCUCCUCAUCGGCGUCUACCUGUACGGCUUGGGAGAAUGGGAGCAAAUUGAAGCAGACGCCCGCCUCCAGUUCGCGGGCAAGUUCUUCCUCGAAGAGGGCAAGCAAGCCCAGACUGCCGAGGCCCUGGCGAACCGCAGCCCUCCACCUACGACGAUCGACGAGAAUGGGCAGGUGGUGAAACAGAGGCGUAAGCGCCCCCCUGCGGGGUCGGCGACGAACAAGGCGGCCAAGCCUAUCCCCAACGCCGUUCACCUUGUGCGACGCGUCGACUACCUGCUUGUGUGCCUCGACGAGUGGAAGCACCCCGAGAAGAAGGCGGCAAACGACGCCGAUGCGGCGGGCAAUGGCGAAGCGGGCCCUUCACGCUCGGUAGCAGCCAAUUCCUCCGCUGGCCGAAUCGCCGCCCAGAGGGCAAAGAAGCGCAGCCCCUCGACGGCCAGUCCUGCACCCUCGAAACGAGUUCGACCGGACGUCGACUACUCUUCCGGCUCGUCGGACGAAGAGGAAGCAGAGCCAGAAGAUCCGGACAGUGCUGGCGAAUCGAUGGAUGAGGGUGAAUGCAAGGAGCUCCUCCGUCCAGCAAAGAAACAGCUCAAGCGACUCAAGAACGAUACGGAGUCCCUUAAAGGGCCCGCGAAGCUUGCCGCGCUCAAGGAGUGUUUGGCAGCCAUUGGACAGCGCAUCGAUGAGGUUGUGGACCCGUUGGCGCGCGGCGGAGAGGAGGAGCGUAAAGCUAGGCUGGAGAGGCAUUUGUGGCAUUUUGUCACCUUCUUCUGGCCUAGCAAGGAUGGGGUGCGUGGAGGUAAGAUUAGGGGGAUCUACGAGAAGUUGAAUGGGAUCAAUAGGGAGGCAGAGGGCGCUGCUGCUGCGCCUGCGCCUGCCGCGGGAAGUGCGAUGAAGCGCAAGGUGAGCUCGUCGGGCGGUGGUGCGAGUCCUUCUACUUCGGCGGGCAGCGUGAAGAAGGCGCGACCUUCCAACUUGGGUGUGGGUGGUGGAGGGGCAGGUGAGGACGAGUAUGCCAAGCAUAAGGAGCAGUGGGACCGGGAGCAUCGAGCGGCGUAAAGGCUGUGGGAGAGGUGGGCGAUGGGCAAAAGUGUAGCGAGAUCAUCACAACACAUACGUAGCGAAUCGAAGCGAAUUGAAGCCACCAGUCGAGAG